AUGUUAUCUGCUGCUGAAGAACCUCGUACACCCACUCCGAGUCAUGGUGGGGACAUCCCUUUGAAUGCAUCGGUUGCAAUGGAUGAUCUCAAUGUGAGCGCUAUUCAAAAUUCAUCCAUGAAUGGUUUGGAUGCAUCGGCAAUUUUAGAUCCUUCUCAAUUGGAAUCAACAACAGCAUCAUCAAGAGUGCCUCCAUCCUCCAGCAAUGCAAAUUCAAGACCCAGUACAAGUGCUUCCGUCAUGGGCGGAAAACAAUCAUCCUUGGGUUUUGGAAAGGGAGAGGAACUAAGCCCCGAAACGAUCAAACGAUAUACGGAGGCCUUUAAACUGUAUGAAGCAAAAAAGACGAUAAAACCAGGAAAAGCCCCUGCAGCAGAUGCAGAUGAUGGCAAAACCAAGAAAGAUGGAAAGGAUGCCAAAGCCAAAAAACCAGAUCCUAAAAAAACAAAUUCAAAAGACGCGAAGAAAUCUACUUCGCCACAACCAGAAACUCCACCAACCCCUCCACAACCUCAAAUAACAAUUUUGAAAAAUCAUGUACUUUUAUCAGAUCUCAUUAUUUUAAUGAGGGCUCUAAUGAAAAAUCCGAAAGAGAAAGAUUUACCUAUUUAUUUAAGUGUACUUCCAAACGCUGAAGAAGUGACACAAAGAGGACAAUUAACUUUGGACGAAUUCCUCAAAAUCAUGCAAUUAGCCUCGCUUCCAAACCAAGACGAUCAUUUCAAAAUUCUAGACGCUUUUGAAACCUUUGAUACAUCAAAUUUCCAGGGAACCAUCGAACCUGAAGAACUGAAAAACAUUUUAUUAAAUUUGGGUGAAAGUGAUUUGAUGACUCCGGAGGAAGUUCAGGAAAUAAUUCAACAAUUCACGGACCCUGAAACCAAGAUGAUUCGAUACGACGAUUUUCUAAAAACCUGUCUCUCGAAUACAGACAUUCAUGAUCCUCCACCACCAAAGCCAAAAACCACAAAAAAGAGUUCCAAAGACGGAAAUAAAUCCUCUGCCAAAUAG